AUGGUUCAAGAUGAGAAAGCUACCCUAGAGCCACCUAAAGGAGAAGCAGCUGAUGAUUCAAUCAAGGAAGAUUCCAUUCUUUUGCCCAAGCAACUUGCCACUCAAGCAAGGAGUAAUACUAAGGCACCUAAACCAAACCCGCCCAAAGGAUCAUCCAAGAUGGAACAUGAAGCUGAAGCUAAAAAAGAUACAAGGAAGCCCAAAUCUUGUCCCAACCUGAAGCUCCUCUUCCCAAACGAGCUCAUUGAUGAGAAUCUCGAAGGAUUCAAGGAGAAAGUUGCAAGAACUUUACAACUUUUUCCAAAGGCGACUAUACCAAGAUACAUUCAUGGAGAGAUUGUCUAUCCAGCUGUGAAUCACCCACCAGAUACUCACUUGGAAGAGAAGGGACUUGGAGGAUCAAAAAUUCCUCUAAUCUCCAUCUUCUCUUGA